CCUUGUUUGGCCAUUUGGGGCCACCCCCUCUCCUCCAAGAGAGGGGGAGCAGCGUGCAAGGGCCUGUUUUCGUCAAUCUUCCAACCUUCGCCACCCCACUGCCCUGUUUCCUUUGUCCCUUCCAUUGACUUCUACUCCAUCCCGUACGAACCAAUGGCAUCUGGUGUGGAGCUCCUUCGCUUCCAGCUCCCGGGCCACGAAGCGGCCACCCUGCGCAACAUGAACCAGCUUCGCUCCGAGGAACGCUUCUGCGACGUCACCAUCGUGGCCGACAGCCUCAAGUUCCGGGGCCACAAGGUGAUCUUGGCCGCCUGUUCCCCUUUCCUGAGGGACCAGUUCCUCCUCAACCCGUCCUCGGAGCUCCAGGUCUCCCUCAUGCACAGCGCCAAGAUCGUGGCCGACCUCCUCCUCUCUUGCUACACGGGCGCCCUGGAGUUCGCCGUCAGGGACAUCGUCAACUACCUGACCGCGGCGAGCUACCUGCAGAUGGAGCAUGUGGUAGAGAAGUGUCGGAAUGCCCUGUCCCAGUUCAUCGAACCCAAGAUCAGCCUCAAGGAAGAAACGGCAAAGUUUGGCGGCCACCGGCGGUCCAAGUCCCCCAGUGUGGUGGGCUGCUCUACCUCAUCCCGCAAAGAACAUUCGCGCAAGAGGUCCAUGCAAAGGCCCGUCAAGCUGGAGUUCCCACUGGAAGAAGAGCUGGAGAUGAAGGCGGAAGAUGAGGAUGAGGAGCAGGACGAGGAUUAUGGGGAUGAGGAUGCCGUCUCAGACAUCUGCAUCGUGAAGAUAGAGUCUGCCAUGGAGGUGGCCCAGCGGCAGAAGAAGCAGCAGCAGCAGACGGGCACUGGCUGGAACAAAGAUAUGUCCCCCCAGCAAAGCUGGAGCAAGGAAACUUCUCCCCAACAAGCUUGGGGCAAAGAAUCUUCUCCCCCACCUGGGUGGAACAAGGAUGGGUCUGGAGACCAGGAAGAGCCUCAAGUCAAUUCUACAGUGGCAGAAGCCAUGGGGUCUUCUCCGGAAUCCACGCCGGAGAAGCCCCAGCACGGUGUGGUCAAGGCCUCCUACAGCCUCUCUGAGGAUGCGGAGGGCGAAGGCCUCCUCAUCAUCCCUGGCGGAGGCUACCUGGAGGAGACCAGCGAGGCGGCGGCCGUUGCUGCCGAGUGCCAGAGCAGUGGUGGCGGGAUGGGGCUGGUGCUAGCGGGACUGAGCGGCCGUCCCUUCUCCACCUUUCCCGUGGGGGGGAGAGGGGGCGGCUCGGGGAUGGCCGGAGGGGGCGGCGGCAGCGGCGGCGUCUCGAGGAUCAUCCGUUGCACCAAGUGCGAGGAGGUCUUCCAAGGGGUGGAGAAGCUGGUCUUCCACAUGCGGGCCCACCACUUCAUCUUCAUGUGCCCCCGGUGCGGCAAGCAGUUCAACCACAGCAGCAACCUCAACCGCCACAUGAAUGUCCACCGCGGCGUGAAGUCGCACUCCUGCACCAUCUGCGGGAAGUGCUUCACCCAGAAGUCCACCCUCCAUGACCACAUGAACCUCCACAGUGGCGAGAGGCCGUACCGCUGCUCCUACUGUGACGUCCGCUUCGCCCACAAGCCGGCCAUCCGGCGCCAUCUCAAGGAACAGCACGGCAAGACCACGGCCGAGAACGUCAUGGAAGCCAGCGUGACCGAGAUCAACGUCCUCAUCCGCUGAAGAAGGCGGCAGCGGUGGCAGAAGUGGAAGAGGGGGAGGCUCCUGAGCUCGGAGGGAGGGAAGCGGGGUGUAGUGGUUAGAAUGUAGGGGUGUGGCGAGCCGGGACCCCUGAGUUUUUUGGGGAUAGGAUUAGCGUCUAGUAUACUAGAGGGAUGGAACUCCUGGAU